CCGCACCAGCAGCUCGCAGCACACGACUGCCCCCUUUUCCUGUCUCCAUAAUUUUUUUACUAAAAAUAUCUGAAAACCCCACCAGGAGUUUCUCUUUUCUUUCCAUUUUUAGUUUUUCAGCUGCUUUUUUAUUGGCCCAAAAGAUCAAGAUUUACAGAAAGGGCAAGAAAAUCACAUCCCAUAACCUGUUAGGCAUUUUUUCACACAGGUGGGGCAUGUGUUUUCUCCCCAUAUUGGAGGUCCAAAGGUUGAAAUCAUUGGUUCUUUGACGAAAUUUUCCAGAGAAUUGCUUGUAAAUGCCACUGUGUAGAGCAGUUGCCUCUUGGAUGUCUCGCAUAUUGGCUUGCAUGGGUUUUGAGGUAUUUUGGAGAAUAUUUUCCACCCCUUAUUGAUACGAUGAUGGAAAAAUUGAAGGAAAAAUGCAGAGCUCUUCGUAAUAGCAGAAGUUGUCUUGGAUGCUGUAUGAAUUCUCCCCAUGUUGUUUCAGCGGAUAAGCCAUCUAAAGGCCCAAAAGUUCCGAGCAAACGAUUGAGGCAAACUAGUUUAAGAGACGACUUUUGGAGCAGUAGUGCGUGCGAGAUGGAGAAUAGCACAUUUCCCUCCCAGAGAAGCAUCUCAUCAAUUAGCACAUCAAAUCAGGCCCUUGAUCCUCACAGUAACUCUGUCACCACGAAUAACGCUACGGAAUUUGUAAAUCAUGGUCUACUUCUUUGGAAUCAAACAAGGGAACAAUGGUGCGGAAAUAAAACACCACAGAAGUGUGCUUCAGUUCGAGAACCCAAAUUAAGUUUAGAUACAAGUUACGAGACGUUGCUAGGGACCAAUAAGCUUUUCCCUCAAGCAAUCCCUCUACCGGAAAUGGUAGACUCUCUUGUUGCUGUAUGGAAACAGGAGGGGCUUUAUGAUUAAGUGGCCACAUAAUUCAUCAUUCUCAGCAACUGCAAAUUGUGUUUUGCAAGUUUUACAGAAGCCAAAACUUAAAAAAUUCAAACAGCCAUGUGUAUCUGUAUAUUGAGAUGAAAAUGGAACUUUGGUUACAAAAAAACACUGUUCUCAAGAAAAAGUAAUUUAUACAUGUUAGGCAGGCCAAAACUCAAAACACAAUGAGCCUUGGUAGUUAUUAGAUACAUUGAUGGGGAGAGAAUUGGAUCUUCUGUUCUCAUAAAUAUAAAUUGUUUUUAGGUGCUUA